GAACGUGAACUCAACGCACGCCUGUUCCAUGCCUUGAUGGAAAAUGAUAAGGACGUCGUGAUCGAACUCUGUAGGCAAGAAAGUACUUCCGAUGGUCCAUUACACGUAACAAGUAUACACAAAGACACUGUUCUUCAUCUGGCCUGUUACUCCAAGCAGCCUCAUCUUGCAGAGGAAUUAGUUCAACUGUUGCCCAAUAAUCCCAACCUGCGCCUCACCAAGCUUAAAAACGACGUCGGAAACACUGUACUCCACGAAGCAGCCACCAGCAACAGCAUGACCCAGGUGGCCACGGUAAUGAUAGCGAAACAACGCAAGUUGCUAACUAAGCGUAACAUCCUCGGAGAGACGCCUCUUUUCCGGUUUGGGAAAAUUAAAAUGUUCAAGCUUCUGGCGCACGAAGUUGAUAAAGACAAUCAGGAGGUUAGUAAAGAACAGCUCCAGAGUAAAGAUGGAACGUCUAUUCUUCAUAUUGCUGUCAUUACUGAGCACUUUGUGGCAAUGAUGAUCACAGAGAGAUAUCCAGAUUUGAUUGGAGCAAAAGAUGGUAAUAAGAUGACGGCUCUUCAGCAUCUCGCAAGUAAUCCAACCGUGUUUCAAAGCAGAAGCAAACUUGGAUUCCUCAAGGGACUCAUCUACCAUUGUGUCCCAAGCAAGACAAAGAUCACGGAAGGGGAUCAAAGAUGCGGUAUGUACAUGGACUGGGCACAUAUAGGGUAGCAUGCUCAUCAAGGAGUCCUCUUUUGAUUGUCCUCAGCAUGAAAGUUUAACCUAAAACCAAUAUUAUAGCAAGUAUUUUUGUCCCAAGCAAAAAAUGCUAAACAUAUUUUUGUCUUGGUUUUUUUGUAUGAAAAGCUAAAUGGCGUUGGGAAUUGCCCAUUUGGAAGGAAGUUAGGGAUGAAAAGAUCAAACAUGUUUCAGCUUGGGAACUUGCUGAGAAGUUAAUUAAACAUGAUACUUCAUGGGAGGUUACUGAAAUUGGAUUACUUAAUCGAGGUAAGCCUUAUCCAGAGGAAAUCGAAGACUCAUCCUCCCAACAGUUCGAGGAAAAGACUAGAGAAUGCUGCAAAAAAAAAACAUCAAAACUCCCACUGCAGGGGUCAAGAGAGAUGAAACUCCAUUAUUUUUGGCAACAAUGUGGAAAAUUCCAGAUAUGGUGGAAAAAAUACUGAAAAGCUAUCCACAGGCAGCCGAGCAUAUUAAUGAAAAAGGAAGGAACAUAUUACAUGUAGCCAUCCAAUACCGCCAAAUGAAGAUUUUUAAGAAGGUGAUGGAGGAUGAAAUGCUAACGCGGAGGCUAUUGCGAGCCACAGACACUAAAGGGAACUCCAUGCUGCAUAUGGUUGCCAAGAACAGAAAAGGCCUUGAAGAGAAAACGUCCCAAGGUCCUGCAUUCGAACUGCAAGAGCAGUUGCUCCUUUUUGAGAAAGUGAAGGGAUUAGUAAAAUCCGAUUUCGUUAGGCUCUUCAACCGUAAGAACCAGACUGCUGAGGAAUUAUUAGUUGAUAACUAUUCUAAACUUCAUGAGGAAUCCAAAGAAUGGACAAAACGCACCUCUGAAAAUUGCUCCAUUGUGGGUGUUCUGAUAGCUACUGUCGCAUUUGCUGCAGCCUACACUGUACCUGGAGGUAAUCAAAGCACUGGUAUACCCGUCCUCCUCUCUCAGCCAUUCUUCGUGGUUUUCACCUUGGCCGAUAUAAUCUCCCUUACUUUGGCUUUGACAUCAGUAGUCACAUUUCUCUCAAUCCUCACAUCUCCUUUCCGAUUAGAAGACUUCAAGCACUCUCUUAUUCAAAAGCUGAUGAUGGGUUUUACAUUUUUGAUCCUCUCUGUGACAAUGAUGAUGGUGGCGUUCGGAGCAACAAUCAUCCUUACAAUCCAUAAUAAGGAAAACUGGACACAAAUUGCACUAUACUCAGUUGCAUUCUUGCCAGUUAUCAUUUUUGCAGUCACCUAUUCUCCUCUUUAUGUACAACUUGUGAAAGCUUGCAGACACUUUUGGAAGUUCAUGAAGAAGAUUGUUCCGGAUCCAUGUGGAAGCAGUAGUAGCCUUCCUCCUAAUGAAUCCCUAUCCACAAUUUACUCCGACCCUCCUCAAUCUAGGGCAUCCUGUUCCAGGCGCCCUUCUACAUCUCAAACUACCAAUGUUGAAGUUUGAAAGGUGAAGCUUCAUUUGAAGUAAUAAUUCCGCAUCAGAAUCUGGAGCUCAUUUCAAAUAUUGUUUUCUCCUUUUCGAAUUCCAACUACUAUAUGUAUAAAGAACUACAUGUAUGUUUAUUUUACCAUGUUCUGAGAGUGAAUUAAUAAUGUCAAUGUGAUGUAAGAAUACAGAAGUGCUGGCUUCUGCUUUGCUUUGA